AUGCCGUCCGCAUCAUUCAAGCACUUUGUGAUCUCGGUCGCCGGGGCGUUCCCCGGCUAUAAGCAAGGUAACCAGAUCCUCUCCUCGCAGCAAUUAAAGUUUUACCACCAGUGGGCUAAUUUCCGAACCAAAGCCGACCUGAAAGCCAUUAUUGAAAGCCGUGGAGCAACGUGGAGUCCCGGCGUCACUAGUGGUUGCACGCAUCUGAUUACCACGCAGAGAGAAAUAAACAACCACAAUACUAAAUAUGUGCAAGCUACCAAAGUCUACAACUGCAACAUUGUCUCGGUGAACUGGCUGGUCGACUCGCACGAGGCGAAUAAACCUCUUCCUGAAAAGGCCUAUCUGUUUGGUACCAAGUCCGAUGAUGAGGACAGUGGGGACGAAAAGAAGAAGCGCACGUUGGAAGAGGCGCUCGAUCUGACCGACGAUCGGGCCAAUAAAAAGCCUAAAGACGCACAGAAGGCCAACUCCAAAGCCAUCAAUGUCCCAGUGGACGAGGGCUGCUCGUUGAAAGCGGUCCGCUCUGUGCAUAUUGAUGAUUCCGGUCUCAUCUGGGAUGCGACGCUCAACCAAACUGUCUCGGGAAAAAACAGCAACAAAUUCUACCGCAUCCAGAUAUUGGUCGACAAGUCUGGUUCCGACUUCAAGACCUGGACCCGCUGGGGCAGAGUUGGUGAACAUGGCCAAUCUGCUCUUCUCGGUGACGGUUCGCUAGAGACAUCCGAAGCCGAGUUCAAGAAGAAAUUCAAGGACAAGUCCGGUCUGACAUGGGAGAACCGGCUUGAUGCUCCCAAGAAGGGCAAAUAUACUUUCAUCGAGCGCAAUUACGAAGAGGACUCCGACUCAGAUGAUGAAGAAGACGAAAAGAAGGCCGUCACGAAGGAGAAAAGGCCCGAACCAGAGAGCUCGCUCUCCGUCCCCGUUCAAGAUCUUAUUUCGUUCAUCUUUAACCCAGCACACUUCCAAUCCGUCAUGGCAUCUAUGUCUUACGACGCCCAAAAAUUGCCUCUGGGCAAGCUCAGCAAACGAACCCUCCGAAUGGGUUUCCAAUACCUCAAGGACCUUUCUGAGCUCAUCUCUAACCCUCGAUCUGCGAACAGAAAGUACGGCACUUCCUUUGUAACAGCAACUGAGGACCUCAGCAACCAGUACUUUACGGUCAUUCCACACGUCUUCGGUCGCCAUAGACCACCUGUGCUCAACACCGAUGCUCAGAUCAAGAAAGAGAUCGAGCUUCUUGAAGCACUGACCGACAUGGAAGUCGCCAACGAUAUCAUGAAAGAAUCGAGGGACGAGGAUACCAUUCACCAGUUGGACCGCCAGUUCCAGAGUCUUGGUUUACAAGAGAUGACUGCACUGGAUCACAAAUCCACCGAAUUCUCCGAACUCUCGAGUUACCUUCUUCAGUCCCGCGGAUCCACCCACCACUACAGAUACAAUAUCGUCAACAUCUUCCGCAUCGAACGCAACGGCGAAGAAGACCGCUUCCAGAACUCCCCCUACUCCACCCGCAACCCCAGCAACCGACGACUCCUCUGGCACGGCUCCCGCAGCACCAACUACGGCGGAAUCCUCAGCCAGGGUCUCCGGAUCGCGCCCCCCGAAGCCCCCGUCAGCGGGUACAUGUUCGGCAAGGGCGUCUACUUCGCCGACAUGUCGACCAAGUCCGCCGGAUACUGCUGCUCCAGCAGCAGUGCGAACAUGGGGCUCUUGCUUCUCUGCGACGUCGAGCUCGGCGACCCCAUGCACGAGCUCGACCACAGCAGCUACAAUGCCGGCGAGGAGGCGAAGCAGGUGGGGAAGAUCGCGACGCUCGGUCGUGGGUCUUCGGUCCCGGCUGAUUGGAAGGAUGCGGGCUGCGUUCAUCCCGAUCUGAAGGGCGUGCAGAUGCCGAAUGUUACGGAGGGGUCGAAGUCCGUGACGGCGAACUGCCUCUACUAUAAUGAGUAUAUCGUCUACGAUGUGUCGCAGAUUCGGCAGAGGUAUUUGUUCCAGGUUCAUAUGGGCUAG